UUGGAAACAAGGGCCGUGUGUUGAUGCGCACGGCAGAACGUCCAUUUCGAGGAUGAAUCAGAGGGGAGCAGCAUCAGCAUCAGCAUCCCCAUCACAUUACAACCUACAGCAGCAGCAGCAGCCACUCCGAGCGACCAUCACACCCUGAGGAAGAGGAGGAAAACAGGCGAAUCCGCGCGCCCUGCCUUUAUAUCCUUCCUCUUUGGAAGCUCCAUCUUCCUUUGAACGUGGCGAGGAGCCAUAAGGGCCGAGAGGGGGAUGGUGAUGAACUUCAAAUGGAGACAAGAUGCUGGCAUUUCCCUCUUCUCUAAAGCCAUCAUUACUGCUGUUUAAUAAAACACCGAGCGGAUGCAUUCUUCUGGGCUCCGUGUUCGGGACGGGAGGCGGCGCUGGAUCAUGUCGACGGGAAGAUGCACAAGGAAAUGAUGUGAAAGCUUCGUCAUGUUGCCUCUGAUGAACAAUAAACAAAACUAUAGGAUCGCACCUGAAUACAACUUCCAGCUCUUUUCGGAUUAUGUUUUUACGCUGAUUCUGAACAAGGAUCACCGACGAUGACUGUAUGCGGCCGCGAGCCUCUGAAAUGCCAUUUUGCAUUUUCCUCGUCUCUCCUCCGUGCGACUGUCCAGGAUUGGGAGUUUAUUAUUAUGAAAAUUACACCUCUUUAAACCUGUAACAAUGCACCGUUGGCUAUUAAUCGCAAUACCGUAGGCUUAUCAUUGCCAUCACACCCUGCGAUGAUCACAACAGCGUCCAGAGAAACAACAUCGGCCCUGCCAGCCACAUACAUGCCAUCAGACGGAAAAUAACAAGCGCUGAGAUUUUCUUUCUGACCAAUUACCUUUGGUUUGGACACUUUCCUCAGAGACUUUAGGGUAGCAACUGCAUUUCUGAAGGAUGAAAUAUUAAUAACAGGCCUAAAGGAAUCAAUAACAACAACAACAAUAAUAAUGCGUAAAAAUAUCAAUAAAUAACGAAACAAGCACCAAACAACAACAAUAACCAAUACUAAUAAUAUUCAUACGUUACUAAAAGUCAAAAUAACACGCUUUACUUCAGCCAUACGACCUACACAUGUAGUCAAAGAUGUUCAAGAACCGGAUCCGCAUGUUUUUUAACGAACUGAAGGUGCUGGUUUUCAUGCGAUCCGGUUCUCGACGGUCCGACAGUGACGCAGAGCCGAACCGACGCUCCGGCAGCAGCAUGAGGGGGCUCGGGAUGGGCGGCUGCGGAUGGCCGCCUUUCGUGGACUGCUCCAGCCGCGACGACGAGGAGGAAUAUUACGGCAGCGACCCGAGGCCGAGGAGCCUGGCGUUUGAGGAGAAAGACCCGAAACUGCAGGCGGGCCUGGACGCGGUCAGCCUGACCAGCAGCACCGGCAGCGGCAUGAGGACACCCCAGUGUCGGAUCUGCUUCCAAGGGCCCGAGCAGGGGGAGCUGUUAAGCCCGUGCCGCUGUGACGGCUCCGUGCGCUGCACUCAUCAGCCGUGUCUGAUCCGCUGGAUCAGUGAAAGAGGCUCCUGGAGCUGCGAGCUCUGCUACUUCAAGUACCAGGUCCUGGCCAUCAGCACCAAGAACCCACUGCAGUGGCAGGCCAUCUCUCUGACGGUGAUCGAGAAGGUGCAGAUUGCCGCCAUCAUCCUGGGCUCACUCUUCCUCAUCGCCAGUAUCUCGUGGCUGGUCUGGUCUUCUCUCAGCCCGUCUGCCAAGUGGCAGCGCCAGGACCUGCUCUUCCAGAUCUGCUACGGCAUGUACGGCUUCAUGGACAUCGUGUGCAUAGGCCUUAUAAUCCACGAGGGCUCAUCCGUGUACAGAAUCUUCAAGCGCUGGCAGGCUGUGAAUCAGCAGUGGAAAGUAUUGAACUAUGAGAAGUCGAAGGACUUGGGCGACCCGGUGAGCUCCAGCAGUAAGGCUGGGGGCCGUGGCUCUCGCAGUAACCCUCACGGCCUGGCCAGCAGCAGCAGGGGCGCGCAGCGGGUGCGCAGGUUAAGGACUAUCCUCAACCACCACUGCGGAUACACCAUCCUGCACAUCCUCAGCCAACUGCGGCCCAGCGACCCGCGCCUCGCCACCGCCACCAACCGCGAGGUGGUCAUGCGGGUCACCACCGUAUGAGACGCCAACAAACACACAACGCUAUCUCACAGAAAUUCGUAACUUUUGAUUUAGUGGCUAAUUCGUGUGAUCUCAUUCGUAUGAUUUAGUACGAUUUGCUCAUCCCCCAAUGAUGGUUGGGUUUAGGGGUGGGGCUUGAAGCCACGCCUCCUUUUAAAAAUCGUACAUUUUCAUCCAAAUGACUAAAUUAGCCACUAAACUGACAAAACGUAAAAUAGUUACGUUUCGUCGUGAGAUCAGGCUGGCGUUUCAGACUCCAAGCGCCUUUUCCAAGAGGAUUUUCCUUGCAUUGCAACAGGACUGCAGACGGACAAUGCGUAAGACAUUGGUUUCUAUUGGCGAGACUGGUGAUCUAGCUACACUAUUGCAUUUUUAAGUUUGAUCUCCUCUCGCCCGGUGUUGUUUUUUUUAAAUCGCUAUCGAUUUUUAAAAGCGCUUUGAUUUUCUAAGGGAGAAUGGUUCGAUGUAUUAUGGCGACUCAUUCCGGACCUGUUUGUUGUAAAUGAUGUUUACGAAUGCUUCUGACCAUAACCAAACGAUCACGACACAAUAACCAGGUGAAGCCAGAAAUGUUACAUACGAAAAACUAUUAUCGAAAGGGGAGGGUGCAAUAAGACAUAAUAAGAUUAUACAGAGAACAAAAAGAAAAAAAGACGUAAACGUUUCAAAAAAGAAUUUGAUCUUCUCUGCAAUAAAGAUACCUGUAAAUUUUACAGUGACCUUUGCAUGAGGGUGUAGAGUUUUAUGCCUCCUCGAACACAUGGACAUGAUGAGUUUUGUUUUAUUCAGAAUGGUGCUCGUUUGA